AUGUCCCAACCUGACGAGCUGAUGAUCAAGCAGCAGGUCCCCGAAAACGUCAAGGCCUACUAUCUGACCCCUGGGGGCACACAGAAGAUGGAUAGCUGGAUCCACGCGCUCGACAAGUCAAGUGUGCUGGAAUUACACUCUCCAGUUCCCGGUGCCCCUGCUGCUAACAUUCCACCCCCUGCCAUUCCCGCCCCAGUCUUCGCAGCCUCUGACGCCAACAAGACUAUGGCCUGGAUAAGCGUUGAUAAUGCUCGUGCUGUUGAGCUGGCCCAGUUGAAGGAGCAGGUCAAGAAGAUGUCGAGCACCAUCAAGCAGCUCAAGACAUCCAACGACGACGCUAUCGAGAGCGCUGCACGUAUCUACCAUGAGAGUGUCAAGCGCGGAGCUACCGUCGACGGUCUCAUCAGCCAGGUCGAAAAGGUCGAGAAGUUCGUUGCUGGCCUAGAGAGCAACGGCAGCCAGCCCGCAGUCUCUUCCGCUUCGAAGUCCCUCGCCGUCCCCUCUAGCGACGCUAUUCUGGCCAGUGUCAUGGGUAGGGGAUGGAGACCUCACAAGCCCAUGUUCGAGUGA